CGAGUAAGGUUCAGGGAAGCAAUCAAACGGCAGCGUUUUUCACUGGUUGGAUCACACCACCUGAAAGGAACUUUUGGAUAUAUAGUGCAAUCAUCUAGUUUUUCUCCGCCAAUUUUGUCCUUAAUCUACCACUAAUUGGACUAUAAAUAACCCAUAUAUCCUCCAUCAUCUGCCAUAUAUCCAUCAAUGGCAGCUUUAGCAGGAUCCUCCAGCUUUUUCUUAGCUUUGCUUUUCCUUGUAGCAAUUUCUGCAAGUUCAGCAGAAACUCAGCAGCAGCUUACAGAAAUCAAGAUGUCCUUAUAUUUUCAGGAUGUGUCAAGUGGUCCUAAUGCCACUACGAUCCCAGUUGCUGGAAUAGCAACCAAGCAUUGGACAUUCACUCAAUUUGGAACCAUUUUCAUCACCGAUGAGCCUAUAACUGAAACCCCUGACCCCAAUUCUGCUCCGGUCGGCCGUGCCCAAGGACUCUUUGCGACGACAGGUUUGGAUGGAUUAAACGCUCAUGUAAUGGUAUCCAUUGUGUUCACUAAUGAAGCCUAUGGUGGAAGCACUUUACAGAUUCAAGGUGCUAGUAAGCAAUUUGAGGGCGUUAGAGAGGUUUCUAUAGUGUCUGGGACAGGGCUUUUCAGGUAUGCAAGAGGAUAUGCAACAUUUGAGACAUAUUAUUUGGAUAUUCCUGCUGCUUACUCGGUUAUUAGGUGCAACAUUUCAGUGCUUUAUUACUCUCAAUGUGGAUUGCAGUCUCAGUUCUCAUUUCAUCAGAUUUAGCAACAUAAAUUGUAACAUAUUGGAGUCGUUGCAAGGUAUUGCAUUAAAAUAAUAUUCAGAGUAAUAAUAAUAAUAAUAAUAAUAAUAAUAAUACCAAUGAGCUUUAGUUCAGUGCUAUUAGAGUUAUCCUUGAGAUUAAGAACUCUUGAGUUCCAAUUUCAAUUAGAGUUAAUUAUUAAAAAAAAAAAACAAAAAAAUUUGAUAACUUGGGUCUGUUCCCUCUCUUUUUUACCCUUUUAUUUUCCUAGUUGUGCAAGUACAUUAAGGCCUGAAAAAGCCCACCUGUCUGUCCAACCUAUGACUCCAGCUUCAGUUAUUUGUAUU